GUCUUGGGGACCUGCCCAUUCAUUGCUGUCAUGUAUAAAUCUAGGAAAAGGAUAGUCUUGGGUAGUUGCCUUUGGACUUGGUAUACAGCUUUGAGAAAGAUUUAACCAGGAAGAAUUACACCAGCUUCAGCUACUUAACUGGAAUUUCCCUAACAUAAGAUGGCGUCAUCAGCAUUCGUAUCUGAACUCAGGAUUGUGAUGUUUGGAAAAAGUCAGAAAGAACAGAUAACAUUAAGGAACUUCAUCACUGGAAGAGAAGAAUGUUCUCAUCAAAGUAUGUCCAAGCAAUUUGCGCAUAUCCACAGUGAUUGGAGAAAAAAACCCUUCACAGUAGUGAAAACAGCAGAUGUCUUCAGUCUGCCUGUGAAUCAAGUGAAAUACGAGAUAAAGAGGUGUGUGGCCCAAUGUCCGCCUGGACCAAAUGUUCUGCUGCUCUUAGUAAAGCCCUCUGAUUUCAAUGAACAGGACAGACAAAAAUUUCAGUUCAUCAUGAGCCUCUUUGGAAAAGAUGCUUUUAAAUGCUUGAUGAUUAUCAUAACACAAAAUGACAGAGGGGGGAAUUCCUUAGUGAACCAACUCAUCCAAGACUGCAAACAAAGGCAGCACAGAAUCAAUUUGGAAGAACAAUAUUUUCCUGACUAUGAUUUUCAAGAAUUGAUGAAAAAAAUGGAAAACAUAGUGAGUGAAAACAGGGGACAGCAUUUAACCUUUACUGAAGAGACUGAGCCCAUUGUAGCAUCUGAAAGUCCAAAACCCCGUCUAAACUUGGUAUUGUGCGGGAGACAUGAAGCCUUGAAGAAUUCAGCAGCUAAUUCCAUUCUGGGAGUAAGAAAGUUUGGUCCACCUGCUGACCCAACAGAGUGUGUUAAAAAUGAGGCAGAAGUGUGUGGAUGGUGGGUUUCCCUGGUGAAGCUGCCUGCCUUGUAUGGAAAACCUGGGGAGACAGCAAUGAGGGAAUCAUCCAAAUGCAUCUCUCUCUGUGAUCCUGAGGGUGUCAAUGCCUUUGUCCAGGUCCUACCUUUAGAUCCUCCAAGUGAGGAAGACAAGAAAGAGAUAGAGACCAUGCGUAACACACUCAGCUCUAGAGUCAAUAAUUUCAUCAUGAUUCUGUUUACUGCAGAGGAAAAUCCUAACUAUUCUGUGGCAGUGAGGUUUCUACAGGAAAACAGAGACAGCCAGCAGCUCUUGCAGAGCUGUGGUGGACGACAUGUUGUCUUUAACAUCAAGGACAAGCAGCAAGUCUCUGAGGUGUUACAUACUGUGGAAAAGAUGAGAGUUGCGGGAUGCAGAGGCUUCACAAGAGAGAUGUUUCCUAAGCCUCGAAUCCCGACACGUUCUCUUACAAGACAUGUCUCUUUAAUAGAGAGGGAAGGGUAUCAGAAUAAACACUUUCACAGGAUGAUGCAAAACAGACAGUCUGUCAGGAUGGAGCCAAGUAGACAGCCUGUCAGGUUGGUGCAGAGCAGACAGUGUCUCAGGGUGGUGCAGAGCAGACAGUGUCUCAGGGUGGUGCAGAGCAGGCAAAGUCUCAGGAUGGUGCUCAUUGGGAAGACUGGUUGUGGAAAGAGUGCCACUGGAAACACUAUUUUGGGCAGAGAAUGUUUCAGUUCUAAAGCUUGUCAAAAAUCAGUGACCAAACUUUGCCAAAAAGAAGCGGGAGAGAUUGAUGGGCAGUCUGUGGUUGUGGUGGACACCCCCGGCUUGUUCGACACAGCUCUGUCCAGCAAGGAAGUUCAACAGGAGCUUAUGAAAUGCAUCAGCUUGUUGGCUCCUGGGCCUCAUGCGUUCUUACUAGUGCUGCAGAUCGGCCGCUUUACACAGGAGGAAAAAGACACCGUGGAGCUUAUCAAGACAUUUUUUGGCAAGAAGUCAGAAGACUUCAUCAUUGUAAUAUUCACCAGAGGAGAUGACCUUAAAAAACUGAGUAUUGAGAGUUACAUAGAGGAAGACACAGAGGGCUUUGUCAAAAAACUGACAACUGAAUGUGGAGGAAGAUACCAGGUCUUCAAUAACAAUAAUCAGAAGAAUCGUUCUCAAGUGAGCCAGCUGCUGACCCAGGUUGAGUCAAUGGUGAGGAAAAAUGGCAGUGGCUACUACACCUCAGAGAUAUUCAGCGAGGCAGAAGCAGCCAUACAGAAGGAAACAGAAAAUAUCAUGAAGGAGAAAGAAGCAAAGAUACAGAGGGAGCAGAAGGAGCUUGAAAGAAAACAUCAAGUAUAUGUGCAGAAAGAAAAAUUGACAGACCUAAUAUCCAAAUUUGACCAAGAUGAGACAGCCAAACUAAUUAAAGAAAAGGAACACAUAGAGAAGGAGGAAGAAAAGAUGAAGAGAGAAAAAGAAAAGAGAGAAGAAGAGAAAAAAAACAAGAAAAGGCAGGAGGAAAUGAAACGACACGAGUGGGAACAAAAACUUGAAAAUGUGGACAAAAAAUUAAAAUAUGGAAUAGAAAAAAGGGCAACUGCUGACAGGAUGUUAUUAAAACAAAGUAGAGAAGACAUUAAAAAAGAACGAGAGGCUUGGGAGCAGGAAAGAAAGGAAUGGUGGGAGAAACGAUAUCGAGAAGAUCAACAGAGACGAGAGGAGGAGCAAACCAGACUUAAAAAGCUCCAGGAAGAAUAUCAGCAGGAAUUAGAAAGAUACGAAAACAAAAGAAAAGAAGAUAGACUCAGAAGAGAACUGGAGGAAAUAAGGAGAAAAAAUGAAGAAGCGGCCAGAAGACAAGCGGAAGAAUGCAACGAAUUUGACAUAUAUACCAAUGACGUUUCAGACGAGAUGGAAAGGUAUAUUAAGGAAACGGAGGAUCUGAAGCAGAGGCAACAAAAACAAAAUGACGGGAUAAUAGAACAACUGAGCAGAAAUAAAGCAUACCAAAGGGACUUUGAGAAAUUGAAGAAAAAACAAGAACAAGAAAUUAAGCUUAAAUUGGCACAAUUUGACAACAAAGAAGAUGCAAACAAAGAAAUCAGUGAGCUAAUGAAAACACAUGAGGAGGAAAAAAAUCACUGGAUACAGGAACAUGUGAAAAAAGCCACAAAGGCCUGUUGCAUUUUAUGAGACGUUUCAUUUUUUGGCAUAGUUUCAGCUGCAAAACUAUGAACUUGUGAUUGUAAUAUGAUUUAGUUUGUUUUUAAUGACUUGGUAUGUACUGUAUAGUUGACCUAUAUGUGUUCAAAUACCACUACUAUAUUUAACCAGUGCCUGAUGUAUAACAAUAUGAUAAAUAAUGUUUGUGAACAGUUAGAAAUUCUCCAAAUGGCCACUGUACUUCAGCACGAAACUUCCAUAACUUAAAUUGUUUAUAAUAGCUGAUUUAGUUCAACUUUGUGCAUUUUCAUUAGCUGCAAAGUUCAAUGUCUGUGUGUAACAGACAGCAUGUUAGUACUCAAAACCUCCCUAUAUUGUCUCUCUUUUGAAGUCAAACAAACUCUGUAGACUGACAUUUAACUAUUUUACUACAUUCAAGUUAUAUUUUUAUUUUAACACACAUAUAAGCAAUAUUACAGCAUGUAUCUAAGUGUAAAAUAGUGAAACCUGAUGACAGAAGCAAAUAAAUUAAUGUACAAAGGAUAUAAUCAAUCAAUCAUAUUUUUGAUUUAAAAGUAAAUGAUUAUUAUCUCAUCUAAUUAACAUUAAUAACAUGUAUAUAAAUGUAUAUUUUUUUAAUUCUUUGGUUCAGUUUGGUUAACAUUGUAUUCAUCAUAUUUUAUGUAAAGUAAAAUGACUUAAUUUAGAAAGUUUCUCCUCUGCACAAUCUGCAUAUAUAUUCUCUAUAUUCUCUUGUUUUUUGUUAAUUUACUUUUUAUGCUAUUUUAAAAAUGUAUAUAGAUGAAUAAAGUAUAUGAAUCAUUA